AUGUACCUGGAGAUCGCCCUUGAGUCGCCAUAUUUCCCAAUCAACUCAAUGACGUCUAAGAUACUCAUUGUGAAUUCGACAGUCUGCGAUGGCCGUAUUCUUAUUUCAUUUUCAUACCCACCAUUGGCGCAAUUCUAUAAGGAAUAUUUGGAGACAUCUGAAAACUCCUGCGACGACAAGCACCAAUGGGGAGUGGCUAUAUCAGGACGACAGGUUUCCAUGAAUCUUCCUCCGGGCAUAACCUUUGAGUUCCCAGGUGACUCCAAGGAUGCGAUUCUGGUUUUUGAAGACGAGACAAUGGCGGUGAAAUGGGAGGAGAAGAUGAUACUGUGGGAAAAAUGUGAGAACCAGGAGGGUUCAAAGCGGAGCAUUUCACGGUCAUUGACAGUGGGUCAACUCAUUGAAAAGCUAAGCCUGCCAGAACAAACAUUUCGACUUCGUCAAGUUAAUGGGGCUACAAGCCAAUCUAUUGGGCAUAUGUCUGAUUCGCUCAUAAGGCAGUUCAGAGGAACGGGCAAUUAG